UGUGCAAGUUAAUUAGUCACCAUAAGGAAUACAAUUAUACAUUCGCGUUUUGAUUUGCAUGGCAAAAACAUUGUUUAAUUGCUCGUGAUUAUUUGCAUGAUCACAUAACUACAUAGUUCUGGGAAUAAUAUUUUAGCUUGUAAUAUGGAGUAAGUAAUAUAUAUUGGUCAAUACGUUCUGUCCUCUGCAUAGAAAUAGCCCAGCAAGGAUUUGUGAUUGUGCAGUUUACUCCACUGUGUUACUAAACAUUAGAGUUGGAUUCAUGGUAUGCUUAUUUCUGCAUUGCUGUUAACAAUGCUGCUGUAAAAUCCACAGAAAACUAAACUCUUGUGCUAAAAGGUAUUCGGAUUUGACAGGGCGUUAAAAAACUAUAUAUUGCUCCUCUAUUUCUGAUGAUUUUAAGGCAAAAAUGCCAUUGCUAUCAUUGUAGAAGUCCGUGCUUUCUACAUUAAGAUCAUAUUGUAAGAGACAGCAAACACUAAAACAAGAUUUUACCAUUUAUAUGUAAAUACAAACCAAGAUAAAUACACCAUUUUCCAAAAUGGCUUGCAAAUGGGUCACACAGGAAACUUUUGAUGCUGUUGUACAAGAAAAUAUUCUAGAGUUUGAGAUGGAUCCAGAAGAGGCACUGAAUGAAGCCAUCCAGCAGUUUGAUUCUCAAGGUGUUGAUCUAACCAAUAUAAUUAAGGAUGUGCAUAAACCCACCAAUGAAAAUGAGACUGCCCCAGAUCACGAAAUCUUACAGACACUGGAGUCCCUUAGAAAUAAAGUAGAUAUGUCUUCUCUAAGUGAUGUUUCUGAGCUUCUCAUACAGUUUGGAGAUCAAUGUAAACAAGGCAUGGGUUAUCGUUAUCUGGCGGGACAGAAAUCUGCAUAUCCUGUUGUGCUAAAAGCUUGGAAACUCUGUGAGGGAGACCGAGAGGCACUACUGAACUGCCUUUAUGCCAUGUCUGCCCUCACAGAUGGGCAGCCUGACCUGUUGAAUGCUGAUGGAAAGGAUCUUAUAGUUCAUACCCUGAAGAACCAUGCCUCUGAUGCAGAGGUGGCCUUGAUUGCUAUUCGUUUAACCCGUCAUGUUUGCCUCAAACACGAGCAGAAUCGACAGGACCUGGUGAAGGCAGGAAUAUUGCGCCAGCUAACAGGGGCUAUUGCCAAACAUGGAGCAGACCCAGAUGUAGUGCGGGAGGCAUGUUCUGCUCUGAGAAUUAUGACAUUUGAUGAUGACAUCAGAGUUCCCUUUGGUCAUGCGCAUGACCACGCCAAGAUGAUAGUAUUGGAAAAUGGAGGAUUGAAGAUGUUAAUUGAUGCUGCUAAAGCAUUCACUGAUAACACCAGUGUCCUGAGUGAGAUCUGUGGCACAAUUUCUAAACUCUGUGUGCGCAAUGAGUUUUGCCAGGAUGUGGUGGAUCUUGGAGGGCUGAAUUUCAUGGUGGCACUUUUAGCUGACUGCAUUGACCAUCAGGAGGUUGUAAAGCAAGUGCUCAGCACCAUCAGAGCCAUUGCUGGGAAUGAUGAUGUAAAAGAUGCCAUUGUGAACUGCGGUGGGACAGACCUUAUAGUGCUGGCGAUGUCACGGCAUCUCUCUAAUCCACAGAUUUGUGAUCAGGGUUGUUCUGCUCUCGCCAUGCUGGCUCUGCGCAAACCAGAAAAUUGUAAUGUUAUCAUGGAAGCAGGCGGAGCAUUGGCCGCUCUCCAGGCAAUGAAGACGCAUCCCAAGGAUGUUAGUGUACAGAAACAGGCCUGCAUGAUGAUCAGGAAUCUGGUCUCUCGCACACAGGAUUUCUCGCAGCCUAUUUUAGAAAUGGGAGCAGAGUCUCUAAUCGUACAGGCACGUAGUGCUCACAGGGACUGUGAUGAUGUGGCAAAAGCUGCACUAAGAGACCUUGGCUGCAAAGUGGAUCUGCGAGAAUUAUGGACUGGGGAGAAGGGCAGUUUAGCGCGCUAACCUCAUAUUAUCGUCUUCAUGGAAAAAAUGAGCCUCUGGCAGCUUAAAAGGUCAAGCUUUGUCACUCUUUUUAAACAGUGUAACCAUUCUUAUUUAUUUAUUUUGUACUGGGCAUCCAGAUCUGUAGUACAUCAUCCAUUUGACACUGUCGACCUAUGUUUUUUUUUUUUUUACUAUAAAAAUGUCUCUUCUUUAAUGUGUUCCCAGUGAUCUAUUUUACCUGCUGUAUUAAAUUAUUUACAAAUCACUCCUUUGUUUAUUUUGCCUGUUGCUAUUUGAACAAGAAGCAGCAACAAAAAUUAAACUCCCAGUGGGGCUGGUAGAGAGACCAGCCGAUUUGAAAUGGUGUUCCUGCAGCAGCUUGCCUGUGUACAUUGUCCGUUUAAGCAACAUGAGUUAACAUCCAUACUAAGAAUUAUCUGACAGAUGCUCACUGUGAGUUUCAUGUGUGACAGAUAAGCUACAUUGUAGCUGGAGUCACUGUUUUGUUGAAGUCACAUUCACAAUUUAUUGCAAAUUUCUAUAAUGUUUACAGUUUCAAAAUAAUAAAAUAUUCACUGUUGUGUGUCGAAUUUUAUUUUGCAUGCCAUUUGUACCUCCCCUCAGAAAACUGUUACUUGGCCAUAUUCUUAUACAAAAUGGCACCUUGCUACUUUGCUCAUGGUAAAGUAUGUGGCAUAUUUUUGCUUCAAAUAACGAGAAUAUUUAACAAUAAAUGCUGAAAUCCUUUCAAAGCA